GCUGCUAGCAUUAGAGGGAAUAAUAAGGUAAUUGUUAGUUGGUUUGCUUUGGAGGCGUGGGCGAGAGAGCACCACCAUCCGCCUAAGAAAUUGAUUCAAUUUAUCUUUUUUACUUUGGCCGAAGAUAAGUUUUUUCUUAAAAUCCAAAAUGGGUAGCGUGGAGCCGUCGUCGAUUUCAUAAUGCUCACCUUUUUUAACCAUCUGAUGUUUUGAAGACUUGCUUUCAUUAUCUUCUUCUCUAGAAAUAUGUUUUUUUUUAGUUGGAUCACUUCUUCGCUUCCUUCUUCUCAUACAUGACGAUCUUAUUUUUCAAAUAAUUGGAAUGAAUUUAUUAUUAAAUAAAUUGGAGACGUUGUUCUUAGUUAUGCAGCUUUGUUAUUCUGAUUCUUUUCUCUCUCCCUUUAUUGUUUUCCCGGAUUUCUAUUUCCCUCUACUAUGAUUUCUAUUAAUCUUGAUAUUAUUAUUUUACUGAAUCAUAGUUGUCCCUUUUUUUUGUUCUCUUCAUUCUCAUUAUGCUGAUAAGCUACAGACUCACCGGAGCCGGAAGGUCGAGCCCCAAGUUUGACCGAUUCAGACAAAAGAAUCGAAGCGAUGGUUGUUGUUGACACCGCUACAGGAGAUGCUGAAAUCAGUGUGGGUUUAAGCACUUCUCCGCCAUCAUCCACCUCUUCCAUUCCCGACACCUCCUCCUCCUCGAUUGCAUCAUCGACCUCCUCCGUGGCCAAUGAUCAAGACCAAUCCAUCGACCAUGAUCACAACCCCCCUCCCCCUUCACUGUCCAACACUCUUCAAGGUCACCGUCAAUCUAAUUCCACUGCCGGCGAUGAUGAUGUUGAUGCUGAAGAGGCACGUGAGUAUGAAAGGAACAUAAGGGAAUUGGAGGACUUGUUCUCCAAGCUCAACCCCAUGGCCAAGGAAUUUGUUCCCCCUUCUCUGUCUAACAACCAAUACGACCCCACCAAAGUCAAUGCCAAUGCCAAAAACAAUCACUUGCUCACUGCGACCCUUGCCACACUCCAUGCUUUCAACCCUAUUUUUUACCGUGACAAUGCCAACAACGAUAACAGUACAGUUAUGGUAUUCGAUGUCACUAAGAAUGAUAAUCUCAAUGGAACUGCCAGAAAGAAGAAAAACUUUGGGCAAGCAAAGCGUAGAAUGAAUACUAGAACAAGCAUGGCUCAGCGGGAGGAGAUAAUCCGUCGGACUGUCUAUGUGACUGACAUUGAUCAACAGGUCACUGAGGAGCAGCUUGCAGCUCUAUUUGUUGCUUGUGGACAGGUUGUUGAUUGUCGCAUCUGUGGCGAUCCCAAUUCUAUGUUGCGUUUUGCCUUUAUCGAGUUCACUAAUGAGGAUGGUGCAGUGGCUGCACUAAAUCUGUCAGGAACUUUGUUGGGAUUCUACCCGGUAAGGGUGCUUCCUUCCAAGACUGCCAUAGCGCCAGUUAACCCAACCUUUCUGCCCAGGAAUGAUGAUGAACGGGAGAUGUGUACUAGAACUAUUUAUUGCACAAAUAUCGAUAAGAAGGUGACUCAAGCUGAUGUUAAGCUCUUUUUUGAAUCUACUUGUGGAGAGGUUUAUCGCCUGAGGCUUCUUGGAGACUAUCACCACUCUACUCGCAUUGCUUUUGUGGAGUUUGUGCAGGCUGAGAGUGCAAUAGUUGCCCUGAAUUGCAGUGGCGUGGUGUUGGGUGCACUACCCAUAAGGGUGAGCCCAUCGAAGACACCAGUUCGCCCGCGUUCUCCUCGCAUGUGCCCCUGAACUGAAGCAUGUUGUUGGUGUCUGUUAGUUGCUCUGUGUAUCUAAUAUAUAUACAUAUUUAGAGACAACAUACCAACAACUGAGGGGUUUUGCUUUUGUCAUGACGCUGCGGUGUGCGCUUAAUCUGAGAGUACGUGUAUACAGCAAGCCAAU